AUGACCUCUUUUUCCCUCCAAUCCGAGGCAUUCUGGACCCAACACCGCCUGUCUGCACUGCGUCUCCGUCGAACUGCCCAGCGUGCCCAGCAAUCACCCUUGCUGACCAACCUCCACGAGGCAGAUGCUUCACGCGCACUCACGCGCGCUCUUACGGUUCGCGUGUCAAACCAUGCCCAACUCAGAGAGGCAGACUACGUCGCCGUACUCGUCCUCGCACACAUCACUGUAAUGUCGCUCAACGCCGCGGCGCAGCAGGCCCAAAGUCUAGGUCCCGAAGCUGUUGCAGAACACGUCGCGCCUCUCGCCCUCCUCCGUCUCAGCAUCGCCGCGUUAUUGGAAGACGCAGCGUUCUGGGAUCCAACCAGAAGAGAAAGCCAGGUCACACUCCGUCGAUGGCUGGAGCGGUGGGGAGACGAGGCGGGCGCCGAAGAGGGCGUCGAGGUCGGCCCGCUGCUCGAUAGUCUUGGUGUCAUGUGA